UGCUACAGUACAGCGGGGCAAGACGUAACAGCAGCGCAGGGGAAUAACACACAACCAUACGUGUUUUUUUUCUUCCAGGAGCCACGGCGAAAGAUGGCAGACCGUGCAAUGCUGAAGAAAAAGACAUAGAUGAUGUGCUCAACGUCGCCUCUUCUGCUGUGAAGGCUUCGACAUUUCUUCAAGAUUAACAACACCCCAAAUGAACUCCGUCAGAGCAAGUAACGUUAGCAGAAGACCCAGGCGAGUAUCGAGGCCGCGCCCGGUGCAGCCGGAGAGGAACCACCAGGAAAGAGAUGAGGACGUUCCUGCAGAUAUGGUCGCAGAAGAAUCCGGUCCAGGAGCUCAGAAUAGUCCCUACCAGCUUAGAAGAAAGUCUCUACCCAAGAGAACAGUGUGUCCGACAAAGACAAAUAUGGAGGGUGCUUCCACUUCAACCACAGAAAACUUUGGACAUCGACCUAAGCGCCCCAGAGUUUCAGGAAAGUGUCAAGACUUACCAGCAGCUCCAGCAGAGCAGUAUUUGCAGGAGAAACUUCCAGACGAGGUGGUGCUAAAGAUCUUCUCGUACCUGUUGGAACAGGAUUUGUGCCGUGCUGCGUGUGUGUGCAAGCGCUUCAGUGAGCUGGCCAAUGACCCCAUCCUCUGGAAGAGGCUGUACAUGGAAGUGUUUGAGUACACGCGACCCAUGAUGCACCCUGAGGCGGGGAAGUUCUACCAGAUAAACCCAGAAGAAUACGAGCAGCCAAACCCGUGGAAAGAAAGUUUUCAGCAGCUGUAUAAAGGAGCACACGUUAAACCAGGCUUUGCAGAACAUUUCUACAGUAAUCCUGCCAGAUACAAAGGGAGAGAUAACAUGUUUUACUAUGACACCAUCGAGGAUGCUCUCGGAGGGGGUCAGGAGCCUCACUUUGAUGGCCUGAUAUUUGUCCACUCUGGUAUUUACACAGACGAAUGGAUUUACAUCGAGUCGCCUAUCACAAUGAUCGGAGCCGCUCCUGGAAAAGUAGCUGAGAAAGUCAUCAUCGAGAACACCAGAGACUCCACAUUUGUAUUCAUGGAAGGCUCAGAAGAUGCUUAUGUUGGAUACAUGACCAUCAGGUUCAACCCUGAUGAUAAAUCCGCCCAGCACCACAACGCACACCACUGCUUGGAGAUCACAGUCAACUGCAGCCCCAUCAUUGACCACUGCAUCAUACGCAGCACAUGCACAGUGGGGUCAGCCGUCUGUGUCAGCGGUCAGGGCGCUUGUCCCACAAUCAAGCACUGCAACAUCAGCGACUGUGAAAACGUUGGCCUUUACAUCACUGACCAUGCACAGGGAAUUUAUGAGGACAACGAGAUCUCAAACAACGCUCUGGCUGGGAUCUGGGUGAAAAACCACGGCAACCCAAUUAUAAGGCGGAAUCACAUCCACCACGGCAGAGAUGUGGGAGUUUUUACGUUCGACCACGGCAUGGGUUACUUUGAGAGCUGCAACAUCCAUAGGAACCGUAUUGCCGGGUUUGAGGUGAAGGCGUACGCCAAUCCAACAGUGGUUCGCUGUGAGAUCCAUCACGGCCAGACAGGGGGCAUCUACGUGCAUGAAAAGGGCCGCGGUCAGUUCAUCGAAAACAAGAUCUAUGCAAAUAACUUUGCUGGUGUGUGGAUCACCUCUAACAGUGACCCCACAAUAAGGGGCAAUGCCAUUUUUAAUGGUAACCAAGGUGGAGUGUAUAUUUUUGGUGAUGGCCGAGGCCUCAUUGAAGGGAACGACAUCUACGGUAAUGCCUUGGCAGGGAUUCAGAUCAGGACGAACAGCUGUCCUAUCGUCAGACACAACAAGAUCCACGAUGGCCAGCAUGGCGGCAUAUACGUGCAUGAAAAAGGACAAGGCGUCAUCGAGGAGAACGAAGUGUACAGCAACACGCUGGCAGGAGUGUGGGUGACAACAGGCAGUACGCCAGUGCUGAGGAGGAACAGGAUACACAGUGGGAAGCAGGUCGGCGUCUAUUUUUAUGACAAUGGUCAUGGCGUGCUGGAAGACAACGACAUCUACAAUCACAUGUAUUCUGGAGUUCAAAUUAGAACUGGCAGCAAUCCCAAGAUCAGGCGGAACAAGAUCUGGGGAGGUCAGAAUGGAGGCAUUUUGGUUUACAACUCAGGCCUAGGCUUUAUUGAGGACAAUGAGAUCUUUGACAAUGCUAUGGCAGGAGUGUGGAUUAAGACAGACAGCAACCCCACUCUGCGGAGGAAUAAGAUCCAUGACGGGAGAGAUGGGGGGAUAUGUAUAUUCAAUGGAGGAAGAGGUUUGCUAGAGGAAAACGACAUCUUCAGAAAUGCCCAAGCGGGAGUCCUCAUUAGCACCAACAGUCACCCCGUACUGAGGAAAAACAGGAUAUUUGACGGCUUCGCUGCAGGUAUCGAGAUCACCAAUCAUGCCACAGCGACCCUAGAGGGAAAUCAGAUCUUCAACAAUCGCUUCGGGGGGUUGUUUCUUGCAUCUGGUGUCAAUGUUACAAUGAAAGAUAAUAAAAUAAUGAACAAUCAAGAUGCCAUUGAAAAGGCUGUGAGCAGAGGUCAGUGCCUGUACAAGAUUUCAAGUUACACCAGCUACCCAAUGCACGAUUUUUACAGGUGUCACACCUGUAACACAACAGACCGCAACGCCAUCUGUGUGAACUGCAUCAAGAAGUGUCACCAAGGACACGACGUGGAGUUCAUCAGACACGAUAGAUUCUUCUGUGACUGUGGUGCUGGAACGCUGUCAAAUCCUUGCACGUUAGCCGGAGAGCCAACUCAUGACACCGACACACUGUACGACUCGGCCCCUCCUAUAGAGUCCAAUACACUGCAGCACAACUGAGCUCAAGACCAUAUUGUGCUUCAGCAGUAAUUGACAUGAGACACUUUAAGUUCUGCAGUGGAGGAAACCCAAACUUCAAACACAGAUUCACUCUGACAGAGCAUAUACAGUGACUGUAAAAAAGAAAAAAGAAAAAAAAAAGAGACUUGGACAUGAAUAUGCUAAAAGGAGACAUUUAGAGAAAAAGAAGGUGAUUAUGGAUGCCUCGCUUUUUCUUUUCCUUUAAUUAUUUUAUAUAUAUAAAAAAAAAAAAGUUGACAUUAAUGGGACAGAGCAGAAGAGCGUUUGACUCAGGGUUUGUGGGCGUGUUGAGUUGGUCAAGUAAGUGAAAUAGCUGAAAGAUGGACAAAAGCCGUCGAGGCUCAUCUGCUUUUGAGAAGUGGAAAAACGAGAUUCCGCAGUCGUGUACAGACCCAUCGUGGACAGACGCUCAGUCAGCCGAGGCACAACUUUUCUCAUGUGGAGGCAAAAAAGCCCCGAAUACAACAAUGCUUCCAUCACUGGGCAACCGACGUGCUCGUAUGAUAACGUACGAGAAAAACGACCUAGCACUUCAGCUUUUUCCCCCCCUCAAGACAACUGUUGAGAUUUGAUUUUAAUGCUUUUUUGUGUAGUUUUGUAUUUUCAUGCAAAAAUCUUACUGUACUUGAAUGUCUUUAUUUUAUUAAAUGUGUUAAUUUUUUUGGUUAUUAUACCCUAGAAUUGCUGUAAUUAUACUCAUGUCGCAGUAUCUAACUUCUUUCUGUGAAAGAGAUCAGAGGAAAGAGAGGAAAACACUACACACUUUCUCCAGCAAUGUUGACUCAUUUUUACAUUUGCAAUACAGAGAAACAGAUGCUGAAAUGUGCUUUCACAAGACUCGUAUGAGUUUUUUUUUCUGUUUGGGACCGCAUUAUACAUGCACGUCUUUGUAAGGGAACUGAAUAAUUGUAAUAUUUUAGUCUGUGUUUUGUUUUUUUACAUAAUCUAUGCAUAUUUCUGUUUGUAUUGGCCCAUAAAAGACUCCACUUUACAGGAUGCUCUGAUGAGAGACUUGGGGCAAAAUCAAUCAUGUGUACUCAAGACUUUCAGGUAUUAUAACAAUUUAAGUUUGUGUAGUUAGAUGAACCCAUGAUAUCCUAAUGGAACAUCCUCCUGUUUACUUAUUCACCAAAUAAACACAUUUUUGGUUAGAGGAUUACAAUGGAUGUCAGGAAAUUAUCUAAUGACAUUUAGGUGAUUGUACCUCAUGCGAUUUAUCAGUUUUGUAUAUUAUGAAAUUUCUAUCCAUCUUGCCUUGAAUUAAAAAUCAACAAUUACCUUUCUCCCACCAACUCCGGUUAUAAACUGCAAUAAGUGCUGCUUCUUGGCCCAGUAAGAUACACAAUCUUUAAACUUUAUUGUUCAUCUCCACUUUGAUCAAGACCUAGAAAUGAAAAAGGACGAGUCUUGUGAAAGCAAAGCUAAUUUAGAUAUUUUUUUUUUCCUUUUUUGCCAAUGUUGCUGGAGAAUUUAAAAGGCUUUUACUCUACUGAAGCUGAGACAAGUAUCUAUAUACAGCGCUAUAUGGUUUCAUUGCCCUCCCCCCUUCUUCCCCUCCCCAUUCAUGUGUACUGGUGAUUGUGGGUUCUCAUACAGACUGAAAUGUAUGCAUGUAUCAUAACAUCUAGACUUAAUAUAUUGUGAAGUAUUCAAUAACCGUUAUGUAGGCGCUAGCGUGAAUUAAAAGGGUUUAAUUUCCUAGAUGAAACAUUGUCAUUUUUUAAAAAUAAACUUUAUUAGAUCA